AUGGAGGUGGAGGAGCAUAUGCCCACUGUGAACAAGAAAGCACUAGUCAAGGAUGACAUGAAGCAUUCUACUAGUGGCCUGCCAGGUCAUAUCAUUCCCAAUGCACAGUCCACCAUCAUGACAAAUGUCUCAUCUUCUGUAAUUGUAAUCUCCAUGAAUGAGAUGACACAGCAUGCCUCAGGUGCCCAGGAUCUCAACAUUAGUGGCAGCAAAAAUUUGAAGCUCACUCCUUCAUCAGACAGCAAAUUAUCAGCAGUUGCUAGCAGUGAGGAUGCUAUCACCAUUAUCACUGGACCCAAAUCUGCACUUGUUGUCACCGCAUCAGCAGAUUUUGAGUCUGAUAGCAUAGUCAGCGAUGCACUCUCUAUCAUCACUGCUGAUAUUUCUGGUGACAUUGCCUAUGGCAGAUCAUGA